CAUCAACAGUACUUGAAAGAUGUCUGAAGCAAAUUCCACAAUUCAGGAUGAUAAAGAACAGAAAGCUCCUGAAUACCAGGAUUCGGAUGUUUCACAGUCUCAAUCUUCUUCAACAGGGAACAUGAAACAGAUAGAGAAUGAAAUUGGUUCAGCACCUGUGCCAAGCACAAUCUCCUCCCCCCUUGAACCUGAACAUUCCAGGCCCUCAGAUAAUCCAAUUCCCCCCAGUACUGACACAGCUGUACAAGGGGAUGCAGAUAUUCCAGCCCAGAAGCAGGCUUCAAGUCAAGUAAACAUUAAGAAGGAAGAGACAGCCCCACCCCUCUUGGGAAUUUCCUCUUAUCAAUCUCCAUAUACAGGAGGGAGGACAUUUAAUUAUAAGGAGAAAUAUCCAGAUGAUGAACCUCUUGGUGAGGAGUUGAAUGACAAUUCCCGUGUCUUCAAGGUUUAUCUGGAUGAGGUGGAGAACUUUGAUGAUGAUCUGAUGAGAGGAUUCAGAGACACAAUUGAUUCCUUGCUAGUAUUUGCAGCACUUUUCUCUGGUGUUGUAACAUCCUUUGUCAUUGCAACCAUAUCUGCCCUUCAACCAGAUUAUUCCCAAAUCACUGCAGUCCUGUUAGUGGAGCAGGUUCAAAUCCUCAGAGCUGCAGGAAAUAUGACUGCCAUCAAUGCAAUUCCUAAAUCCUCUGUGGAUUUACUGAAUGCCUCAGUGGCUACUGAUGAUCUUUGGAUCAAUGGUCUAUUCCUUGCUAGCUUGUCACUAGCCUUGGUCACUGCACUCUUGUCAGUCCUUGUCAAGCAGUGGCUUCAAGCAUAUAGCUCCAUAUUAGCUGGAAGUGCCCAGCAAAAAGCCUUGAUCCGUCAAUUCAGAUAUAAUGGACUUGUAAAAUGGAAGGUCCCAGAAAUUGUGGGAAUUCUUCCCCUGAUCCUGCAUACAUCACUGGCCCUAUUCCUGAUAGGAUUGUCAUUGUACAUUCUAGGGCUUCAUAGCUCUCUGUCCUGGAUUGUUGUCACUGUGACAAGUCUUACAUUCACAUUCUAUCUAGGGAGUCUCCUUAUGCCUCAAGUAUGGCUAGAGUGUCCUUACAGGAUACCAUUGCUUUUUGUGCCAGCAGAA